GAGCGUGUGUUGUGUGUGUUGUGUGUUUGCUUACAGAGGAAAAGCAACAUGUAAAUUUUCCAGUGUUUCCUGGAAUCUUUAAAUUCUGUGUGUGUGUGUGUUUGUGUGUGUAUUAGUGACAGACUGACAGACAGACACAAAUUCAUCUGUGCAGCAUUUUUCCUUUCAAAAUCUAAAAGAUGAAGUUUAGAAGCUCGCUGAUGAUUACACUGAUGUUCAGGGUGUUUCUAUGCGAAGGAGGUAAGAACUUUUUGCCCAAAGAUUGUAUAAAGGACAAAUGCAAAGAUUGUAUAAAGGACAAAUGCAAAGAUUGGAACAACUUAUUGUCCAGAGAUUGUAUAAAGGACAAAUGCAAAGAUUGGAACAACUUAUUGUCCAGAGGUCUAGUGACAAAUGACAAUCAAACCUCUCCAAUAGAAUACUCAAACUGUGCUGAUUGUGUGGACAACUGCAAGGACUUUGUUGAAAGUGAUGAUUUGUGCCAGGCUUUGUGUUAUGAUAUUUGCUCACCUUGUUCACUGAGUUCAGACUGUGAACGAAUUCUACUAAUUGAUGGAGGAUUUACUGGACAAAUACAAAGCAUCUAUACAAACCAGACUUGUGUAGGUAAUAAUUCUGAUCACUCCAUUUGCAAGAAUAUGUUUAACGGAUCAUCACCAUUCAACAUUUCAACCUGCAUUUUAUCAUUUGAUACACAAAAGGAAACAAAUAGAGACUGCAGUUUCUUAAACAGUGGUGUGUGGUUAGUGAACGACACUAAAAACAACACCCUACAGAUCAACAUCACCAGGAACCCAACCAUUAGACCCAAAACCCCCAUCUGCUUCGUGAAAGGAGCUCAGAGCUGCGUGCAGAUAAAUGAUGCAUACAAUUGCACUCAAACUAAAGGUGGACCUACUACCUGUGGGAACAUGACCUGUUUGGAUCCCACAAAGAUUUGUGAGAAAGCUACAUAUACUAACAGCUGCAUCGGAACCGAUUCAAACGAUGACAUCAUCAGUUUAAUAGGAGGGUCUGCAGUGUGCCGCAAGUGUGGAGAUCCCUUUCAGAAAACAGAAGGAAAAGUAGUGCUUAAUUUUACGCUGCCUGGAGGCUCCAGCAGUAAUUGCAGCUAUUCUGACACGAUGAAGACACUAAAUAAAAUGAUUUUAGAUGAGAUGGGGAAUAAAUCCUCGGUGUCCGUCUCCAUGGACAACAUCACGGGGAUUUUUGUGAAACAGCAAAACAAGGAAGACUUUAAUCCCAUCUACUUUAUAUACUGCACCAAAGCCAACUUUAACAUCAUUGAAGAUAAAACCCAGAUGCAGACGUUUGAAAGGACGUUUUCUGUCCCGAAGGAGGCUUUCGAAAAAGCCAUGAAUAUAAGCAACGAGACACUUUUUGCAUCCUUGUUACGAUUUCCCAGUUUUCCGAAGGACUAUAUGAACAGCACGCUGCUAAAUAAUGAGGUUUACUCCAUCGACAUGGGAAAAGAAAUAGCAAAUCUCACCAACACCUUUAAUCUCACCUUCAGGAACAUUUCACUGAAAUCCGCCGAUCUUGUAUGCAACUCUUGGAAUGGACAAGGGGCAACUCCGAUAUGGACGACUGAUGGAUGUAACACUUCUUAUGUUAAUGGCGAAGUAACCUGCUUAUGCCAGCACUUAACCUUCUUCGCCGUGUUGAUGACUCUUCCAAAUUCAAAAAUUUCAACCUCCGACCUCAAUAAUCUCACCUUCAUCACCUCCAUUGGAUGUGGCCUGUCCCUCUUCUUCCUCAGCAUAGCUCUGUUCAUGCACUACCUGUUAAGACGAGGCCAAGCCAGUGUUUCAGUGCACAUCCUCAUCAACCUGUUCGUGGCUCUGUUCCUGCUCAACCUCAGCUUCCUGGUUAACGAGUCUGUAGCUAGAACAGGGGACGAGAUCGGCUGUAAGUUAAUGGCGGGGACGAUGCACUACUUCAUGCUGUCCACGUUCACAUGGUUCGGCCUGCAGGCACUGCAUCUGUGUUUACAGCUCACACAGAAUGUGGCCGGUAUCCAGAAUUACGUCACCAAAUUGUGCAUCGCCGGCUGGGUGCCUGCUGCCCUGGUGAUGACGGGCAUUUUCAUUUCUCAAAAAUAUGGCAAGGUGUUUAUCGUCUCUGAUACAGGAAAAACAGCCUCAAUGUGCUGGAUCACUGAUCAAACCCUGCACUAUCUAGUAAACAUCGGCUACUACUCUGCCAUCUUCCUCUUCACCUUCCUCACCUUCGUGGUGAUGCUGCGCUGGCUCUGGCUGCUCAGACGUAAAUCCCCCACCAUCACCUUUUCAGGGAAAAGAUCGAGACCCUCAGACGCUCUGACCAUCAUGGGCCUGUGCUGCAUUCUGGGACUGAGCUGGGGCUUUGCUUUCUUCACCUACGGCCCAAUGCAAAUCCCUGCCUACUACAUCUUUUCCAUCCUCAACUCCUGUCAGGGUCUCUUCCUGUUUGUUUAUUAUUACAAGUCCAGUAGGCAGGCUGAUGAAGCUGAAACAUUGGAGACAGAAAGCAGCACCACCACGGUGGUGGAAAACCCAUACAACAAACCAAAAAUGUUCUAAAUCCACGAUCAGCGGACGAGAGCAACGUGUUGAACUGAAAUAAAUCUGACGUACAUUUAUUAAAGACACUCAGUUUCUUUAGCAUGAGUUAUUAUAGCAUUUUAGUUGUUGUUAAGUGUCAAUUUACUACAUUCACUAGUAUGGUGUCUUCUCUCUCUCUCACGAUCUCUACGAUUUUAGAUCGAUGUAAGAUUAGUCAAUAAAUAUUAAGCAUGGAAUUUAUUUUUAAUAUUAUAUUAUUGUGUUUAUUUAUGUUCACAUUUAUCUAGUCUUAUUUUUCGGUUGCUCUGUAGUGUAUGUGAGCUUACAAGGAAGUUUAGAAGAGAAUGGUUAAUGGUCAAUAAGACAAAACAAUGGCUAUCGUUUAUAUCUCUCCACUUUAUUCCACAACUCAUGGUGUUCUAGCUAUGUACAGUAGUUUUAAUGGUGUUACCAACAUUUACUUUGUAUUUCCUUAUUGCAUAAAGUUAUAAUGUUAUUCCAUUAGUCUGUGUUUUUAAUCUCUGGAUUUUUCUGUCAGAAUAAAGUCAAAUGAAAAAUGUG